AUGAGCGGGCAGCGUGUGGAUGCCAAAGUUGUGAUGCUGGGCAAAGAGUACGUGGGCAAGACCAGCUUGGUGGAGCGAUACGUUCACAACCGCUUCCUUGUGGGACCUUACCAGAACGUGAGUGUGUCCUUCGGGGGGUGGGGGGCAGAUGUGGAGAGCCUUUCAAGUGGCAACUGGGUUGAGCAAUCUGUAGUCCUCUUCCGCUCCCACCCCUCCACUUCUUAAAUCUUUAUCAGUGAAUCUUGUAUGUUGUGAAAUGGACAUUUGGUGAGCGGUUUGUAACCACAAAGGAACUUUGAAGCCUAAAAGAAAGUGAAACUAAGAAGGCCCAUAAGACAACAUGCCAUAUCAGAAGGGGCCAUGUUGGCUAGGGAAAAGAAAGAAACUGCUAAUAUCUGCUAUCUGUUAAAGGUAGCCUCUAUUAAAGGUAGCCUUGCAAAGAGAUUCACUGAUGUCACUAAUCCACAGAAAUAUUUACUAGCUUACCUGUCAGUAUGUACUUGUGUUAGUCAUUUGUUUGUAAUGUUCUGACAGCCUAAAAGAAGUGUGUGGGGGGGGUGCAGCAAUUCUUUUCCUAUUUGUAAAAACUUCCUGGUUUGGCUGUCUGGAAAAAAUACCGUAUUUUUUGCACCAUAACACUCACUCUUUUCCUCCUAGAAAGUAAGGGGAAAUGUCUGUGCGUGUUAUGGAGCGAAUGCCUACGGAUGAUGGGGGGAUCUGCUGCAGUCGUGAGCAGAGGAUCCAUGGUUCCCCUUCCUUCCCUCCUCCGUGGCUCGCUUUGAAACAGCAAAGCGGGAGUAGAGCCUCUGAGUGGGGAGGAGAGAGGGACUGAGACCCUGCUUGCUUUAAAGAAGCAAAGCGGGAGAGGAGAGGAGCCACUUACAUGAGUGUAAGCGGCUCCUGUCCAGUUGGCUCCUUUAAAGCAAGCAGGGUCUCUGUCCCUCUCUCCUCCCCACUCAGCUGGCUAAAUAGCAGCAAAGUUUUUCAGCGAGCUGGGGAGGAAGGAGAGAAGCAGAGCCUUUAAAGGAGCAAAGCGGGAGAAGAGAGGAGCCUUCUCCUCUUAUACCCUUCUUCUGCAUUAUUAACAGCAUCCUUCUCCACCCACCCCAUGCGUGUUCCUUGUCCCUUGAGUGCUUUUCCUUCCCUCCCCACUUAAAACGUGGUUACAAAGCACGGAUCCACAUGGAUCCUCAGGAUUUUUGCACUGGGUCACCCCAAAUUCACCAUCAGAUCACAUAGCAUGUCCAUGGCUACAGCUUGCACCAAAAAAAUCACGCACCCACUGUUGCCUGGGGCCACAGUGGUGCAAAAACGGGGUUACAAAGCAUGGAUUCACAUGGAUCCUCAGGACUUUUGCAUUGGGCUACUCCAAACUCACCGUCAGAUCACAUGUCUGUGGCCACAGCAUGAACCACAAAAAUCAUACAUCCUCUGUUUCGUUUAGAAUAUUUUUUUUCUUGUUUUCCUCCUCUAAAAACUAUGUGCGUGUUAUGGUCGGGUGCGUGUUAUAGAGCGAAAAAUACGUACUUGUUUGCCACUAGUGGCUACUUUUAAAGAGCUGAUGAGGUGGUGCAGCUGCAUUCAUAUGUAUUCUUCUCAUUUUAGACAAUAGGUGCUGCGUUUGUAGCCAAAGUGAUGCCAGUGGGAGGUCGGACCAUAACCUUGGGAAUCUGGGUAAGUCUUAAUGACACUGGCUGUGUGUGGCAAACAUAAAGUACCAGAGAACUAAUGGGACAUGCUUUGGCUAUGCAGGGGAGGGGGGGACAAGUGUGAGGAGGCUUUUAGAACAGUGUUUCCCAAACGUUUCCCCCAUGAACAACUUGAAAUUUGCUAAGGGUCUUGGUGCACUACUUAACUAUUUUUCUUUUUGUUGUAAUGCACUAUGCUAGAUGCUGCAUGGUUUUCGUAAUACACUAUCAAUUCCAAUUGUAAUACAAAUGGUAAUACAAUAAAAGACAAUAUGUUUCUGGCUCCUGGUCUUCACUCCUUUCAAGUCGCUUCCUCCUACCUGUUGCUUCUGGUCUGUCCCAGAGCUGCCACUGCUCCUGUUGUUCACAGACAUGCUGCAAACCACCUGAGUUAGGUUUGUGGGGCACCGUUUGGGAGCUUUAGAGCUUUCUCGGUGGUAGCACCCCGACUGUGGAACGGCCUUCCCAGAGAUGCUUGCUUGGCACCUUUCUGGCACCAUGUAAAGACCUCUCUAUUUAGCCUGGCCUUUGAAACAAUUUGUGGUCUUCAAAUCCCAGCUCUUAAUGUCUGGUGUUUACUGUUGUACACUGGUUUUCUCUCUGUGUGUUUAAUGCUGCUAUUUAAUUAUUUCGCACUUGUAGCUGAAUCACUGUGUUUUCUCUUUUAUUUCUUUUGAGCUGCCCAGCAAACGUUCUAUUUACUCCACAACGCUGACAGUUUUUCUUUUCGUUCCUUCACUUUGAUCAGCCUGUUUUGCGUUUAAUUGAAAAAGGGCUUUAUGCCAAGCUCUAGGGGCUGGAUUCCACUGCCCAGUUCUGUUAGCAGACGCCAGCACAAGGCCUCCCACUACUGCGGUUGGGCUUUCCCCAUUGCUGUAUGUUUCCCCUAAAGCUGCUCUGGAGAGUUGGGUGAAUCCCCAGAACAAUAUACAGUGGUACCUCAGUUUUCAAACGUAAUCUGCUCCAGAAGACUGUUUGAGUUCUGAAACUUUUGAAAACUGAAAACUCAAUAGCCGACAGCCAGGCCUCAGGAUCCUGCACUCAGCAGAAGCCACAUGGCACGUUCGACUUCCGAGGCGUGUUCGAAAACCGAAGCAUUUACUUCCGGGUUUACAGCAUUCAAAAACUGAAAUGCUCGUCAGUGGAGACGUUCGAAAACCGAGGUACCGCUGUACAGGGAAGUGAAAUCAUUUUGACAGACAAGCAGACUGGCUCCUUAGUGCUAUGUUGAAUUCCACUGGGAUUCUAAGCUGCUGGGUACAAAAUCUUACUGUUUCUCCCUUUUCUAGGAUACAGCUGGCUCAGAGCGUUAUGAGGCCAUGAGCCGGAUAUACUACCGUGGGGCAAAAGCUGCCAUUGUAUGUUAUGGUAAGAGUUCACUUGCAUGCCAACUCAGGUACCCAUGUAGCUCUGGACUACCAAUGCUAGGAGAACAGUCUUACAAACUUGGAAAGGGCUGUGCUAGCCAAUCCAUUGUUCUGAAGGAGAUUUGUGUGCAAAUAUUUGGGAACAGUAUCAAACAAAUACAGAGGGAGUAUAAUUGGGAUGUUGUUUGGGGAUUAUUGCUUGCUACAUACUCAGGCCCUCCUUCUAUCAGUAUGUUACUUGAGGGUCCCUUGAUCUCUCCAUUGUCAUCGCUUUCUUACAGUGACAGACUGCUCUCUAGUUGCACAGACUUGGUUCCUCCGCAGAUGUGCAGGUGUCCAGUUAAAAACUCCAUGGAAAUACCAAUUCCUCAGGAUGUGGUCACUUAGCCGCUGCUUUACUUGCCAGCUUUACUGCCUCUUUUCUUGUUUCCUAAGCUGUGUCUAUUAGCAGUUUCACUUCCACAAUAGAGAGGGCAGUUUGCUCUGCCUCAGAACUAGCAGCAGUGAGAGAUUCUCAUGCAUUGCUUUGGGGGUUGUAUCAUUGUGCUUGUGUUUGUGAAAAGAGCUAGCCCCUGCCAAAUACAUUUUAUAUCCUCAAAUAGAGCCCACAUGGCAGCCUGCUUCUUCUGUUGGGGCAACACUUACCUUGCACCAUUCAGACACCAAUUCCUGUCUUCAUUUGUGUCCAUCCCCCUUCCCUCUCCAUGGCGCCACUUUAAGAGUGCCCUGUAAAGGCCAGAAGGGAGGCAAGGAGCUGCCUCUAUAGUGCUCCUGUCUUUAAGAGGACAGCUCUGUGAAAGCUGCACGUGUAGUUCUAUCUCCUCCCCAAUAGCUAUUAUGAUGGCAGCAGAGUUGCUGAAAUCGUUAGUCUACCACUAGUCUGGGAUAAAUUACAUGAUUUGUGUUGGCCAUGGGAGAUUCCUUAUCAUUGGAGGUUUCCUGGUGUUUCUUUGCCUGAACACAAAACUGCAUGGGUAUUACCUUAAUAGGAGGGAAAACGUCUCUACCCAGUGAUACUAGGCUGUGGUUUGGCAUACCAAGGCAGUCAAACUGUGGCUGCUCAACAGGACUGGCUCUACAGUAAGGUGAAAUGAGACAGGAGCCUCAGGCAGUUGAUGGGUGAUGGUGGUAAGAGAGACACAGUGAGAUGUUGGAGGGCAGAGCUGUGUGUGCCACAUGGCCUGUCUUGUGUCCUCUAAGCUAGAAUGACACUGUCCUCUUGCCACUGUUGAGACGAGAUUCAACUACCAGUCCAGUUAGCUUUUGUACAUGGAAAGAGGGGGCCAUUUUGCUCUUUACCUCAGGCAAAAAAAAUGUAUUGCUCCAGCCCUGGUGUCUAAGUGAAGAAAGCUGGGCAGUUCCCAUUAGCCUUUCCUUUAACUCUUCGUGGAAGGGGAUUUGUGUGUGUGGCGCUGUGGGUUAAACCACAGAGCCUAGGGCUUGCCGAUCAGAAGGUCGGCGGUUCGAAUCCCUGCAACAGCAUGAGCUCCUGUUGUUCGGUCCCUGCUCCUGCCAACCUAGCAGUUUGAAAGCAUGAAGUGCAAGUAGAUAAAUAAAUCCCACUCCGGCGGGAAGGUAAACGGCGUUUCCGUGCACUGCUCUGCUUCGCCAGAAGUGGCUUAGUUGUGCUGGCCGCAUGACCCAGAAGCUGUACGCCAGCUCCCUCGGCCUAUAGAGCGAGAUGAGUGCCGCAACCCCAGAGUCGUCUGCGACUGGACCUAAUGGUCAGGGGUCCCUUUACCUUUACCUUAUCUUAUUAUACACAUUUCAGUUGUGUGCCACAAAAGAACUCAAGAUGUGUGGACAGAGGCUCUAUUAUGAGCUGUUCAGGGAAAGAGAGCAAUUCUUUCCUAGCCAACCUAUUCAUUUCAGUACCUCAGUUACUCUGCCUAUAUAUACAGGGGUCAGUGAAUCUGCUUUAUGAACUUUUUGGGUGGGAUCUAGUCUUGACACCUCCCCACUUCCACAGAUCUUACUGAUAGCAGCAGUUUCCAGAGAGCAAAAUUCUGGGUGAAUGAGCUGCAGAACUUUGAGGAGGUAAGUAGAUCUCCAUUUCCAGGCAGAGAGAAAAGAAAUAUUCGCCUCACUGGGAGAGCCACAGGGAAUGUUGGUCUUACAGAGGAGCAUCAUUCUAUAAUUUGUAUACUGGGACACUGGAGGGCAGUUCCUCAGGGGGAGGGAGGAAGGGAGGGUGGCCAGUUGUUGAUUGGUUACAUGGUUGCUUGACUUGUAUCUCAUGUUUUUGAGAAGGUUAAAAGUAUGAGGCUUCCAGACCGUCUCCCAGGUGGAUUUAGCAGCACAACAGCAUUGUGUGUAACCAUUCCCUGAGCAAUGUUAAUUGUGUGCACCUUAGGAUUGCAUUUUGGGCAUGUCAAAUUAUUACUGUUACUACUACUACUACUACAUUUUAAUUUAUUACCUGCCCUUCACCCUAAGGUUCCAGGGCAGGUUACAACAAUUUAAAAUACAGUAUGAAACAGUUUUAAAACUUACAAUUAAAAAAACCACAGUCACACAAAAAUAGGGUGGGUCCUGUUGGUUUGGCUACAUGGAUUCUUGGCAAUACCUGCUUGCUAGACUGACCUUGUAUGGAAGUACUUGCCUUGUUCUCUUUCUCUGCAGAACUGCAGGAUCUAUUUGUGUGGCACCAAGUGUGAUUUGUUGGACGAGGACAGGAGAAGGCGAGGAAUUGACUUCCAUGAUGUGCAGGACUAUGCGGAUGGUUAGGCUUUUCUUCUUCACUUGUUGGGAGGAGAGAAAGGGAAUCACAGUGCACCAGGAGCUCUUAACAUUGGUGCAUCUACAAUGGCGGUCCCCAUUGUAGAGUAAAACGACUAAAACUUUCCGUCUGACAUACUGUCAUUUCAGAGAUCAAAGCCGAGCUGUUUGAAACCUCCAGUAAGACUGGACAGAAUGUGGGUGAGUAUUGCUUCCAGGGUGCAUUGCAAGGCUUUAUGGUGCUUAAGUGUGGCUAAUGCCUCUGGACAGUCACGCCCAGAGUGAGAAGACUGCUGUUCUCCUUUUGGUUGGGGACAGUUUGCAUAUGGCGUCACUGUGGCUCCUGAUAAAUAAGGGUGAUGCUGAGUACCUUGCCCAUGCUUUCUCACCAGGUGGAACUGCACCACAAUUCCAAAUUCCACUAAGAUCAAGAUUAUGGCUGCAAUCUGAUGAGAGUGGACAAGUGGGGCAGGGCAGUAGAUCUCAGGGUAUCACUGUGUUUACCAAAGGAUAUCCAGGAUGCUUAUUUCUGAGUUUUGUUCCCUUUUAUCAUUCAGUCAUAAUUUUGUAGCCAGUGGCCAUUUGCUGCCUCCCAAGUUCAGGUCAGUUCAGGUGUUCCUACUGAAGCCAGCUGUGGGCGAGACACCAAUCCUGUGUUGCUGUGUUUUGUUUACAGAUGAGCUCUUCAUGAAGGUGGCUGAGGAUUAUGCGCAGCUUACUGCCUUUCAGGAGAUGACAGGUGAGUUUCUGAACAAGAUACUUCCACUCUGUGUGUGUGUGCUCACAUGUUCUUCUGAACAUGCAUAGAACCUCUGGUGCAAAUAUAUUUCCUGGACAUGAAAGUGGGACUUCGGGACACGCUGAAUAAGAAAAAAACGUGUUUUAAGAAUGCCCAUGAUUGUUUACGUGUGUAGAAAGCAGAGACUCCAUGAACUGCAUUUCCAAAUGAACUCUAUUGCCUCUGGGAAGAGAGGAGCUGGGGAAAGCUGGGACCUAAUUGCAGUGGUUCAGGGUAGGGGGAGGUAUAGUGUGUAAGGUGGGGUAGACUGUAAGGGGCACACAGCACAGGCAGUUAGCGACUGUGCAGUGUGCCAGCCCCUCCUCCACCUGGGGAAUUGCAGUUGUCCUGUCAGCCAGCUCUUGGACUUGCUGCUGCUGCUGCUGUUGCUGAAUGCCAGGUUUGCUCUUGAGUAAGACCUCCCUCACCCAUGAUCUGAUUGUGGAUGAGGAGGCUGUUGUGGUAUGUAUCAUUGAGACCUGGCUGGGUGAGCAGGGUGGAGUUGAUCUGUGCCCACCUGGAUACUUGGUGUGGCAUCAGGACAGACUUGAGGGUCAGGGAGGGGGAGUUGUGGCAGUCUGUAGACUCUCCCCAUAUGAACCAGCCUGGGCCCUAUGAUCAUCUGAAGCCCUUAUUUGUGUGCCUCCUCCGUGAGAGGUCUAGAGGGUGGCAACACAAGAAUGAGCCUUUUCUGUGGUGACUCCGUCUGGGCAACGUUCUCCCCAGGAAGGCACACCUGGCACCUUCGUUGCAUAUCUUUAGGCAAAAGGUGAAAACCAGGCAUUUCAACCAGGCAUUUGGCUGGUUAACAGUCCAUGGCUUUUUAGAUGUGUUUGUGGGAGGGGGAAGUUAUUGGUUUGCUUUUAUUAUAUAUUUUGUACUUUUCUGUUGUGAACCACACUAGGCUCUUUAGAUGAAGGACUGUAUGCAAACUUUAUCUGGACAGGGCGGGACUUUUCCCUGGGAGAAAUAAAUCCUCUUAACAGAGCCAUUGAAUAUUCUGCUGCUACAAAUCUGCCCCACUUGCCUAACCCUUGUAUAUGUUCUGCUUUCAGAGGAGAAAGGAGUUGAUCUGAGCCAAAAGAACACUACCACCUACUUUUAUAGCUGUUGCCAUCACUGA